GUUAUCACGAUGUGUUGGUAGUGUGGUCAGCCCAGCCUGAAGUAUGUCUGAGUAUUCCAAGGUGAAAGUGGGAAAGCUGAAACUGAAAGGAGAAAAAGAGAAGAAACACAAGAAGAAGUCCAGCAAAAGGAAGCAUGAAGAUCAUGAAUUGGAUGCUGCUGUUGCUAAGACUGAUUCAGCCAUGCAUGGUGACUGGUGGACCACGAGUAAAGUUUCGGAGAUCCGUGGCAGCAUUGCUAUAGAGCUUGGAGACAGGACAUAUAUCAAGGCUCUAGACAAUGGUCUCUUCACAGUGGGAGCACCACAUGCAGAAGGCGAGGGCCCUGACCCUGAGGAGGUGCUUAUGGCUGUGCCGGUGGGCGACACGCGUGUGGCGUUCAAGUCGGGCUACGGCAAGUACGUGGGCGUGGAUGCUAAGGACCGGAUGGUGGGUCGCGCCGACGCCAUCGGCCCCAUGGAGCAGUGGGAGCCGGUCUUCCAGGACGGCAAGACCGCGCUGCAGGGCGGCAACAGCCGCUUCGUCUCGGCCGACAACGAGGACUCGGUGCUCGUGCGCGCUAGGACGGCCGGACAGCCGGAAAUGGUCAACAUCCGGUCACACUCGGAGCGCGCGCAGGCGAGCGGCACCACGGCGCAGGAGGACGAAGGCAAUCUCAACAAGGUGGAGAUCAACUACGUGAAGCAGUUCCAAAAGUUCCAGGACAAGCGGCUGCGGCUACAUGAGGGCGGCGCGGAGGAGCUGCGCGUGGCGCGGGACCAGGGCCGCCUACACGAGUCGCUGCUGGACCGGCGCGCCAAGAUGAAGGCCGACCGUUACUGCAAGUGAUGCCGCCGCGCCUGCCUCAGCAACUGCCGGCAAUAGACCGCGUCUGUGUGAACAGCCUGUCGGCCUCGGGAACCGUGCCUCCGGCCGGCGGUUUACAUCUCCGAUGGACUACAGCGUCCUGGACGGCAUGGCGUCAGUGUCGGUUGACGUUCGGGACGUGGCGGCCGGGCGGUUGUCGGUUGACGUUCGGGACGUGGCGUCCGAAUGGUCGUCGGUUGACGUUCGGGACGUGGCGUCCGAAUGGUCGUCGGUUGACGCUCGGGACGUGGCGUCCGGACGGUCGUCGGUUGACGCUCGGGACGUGGCGUCCGAACGGUCGUCGGUUGACGUUUGGGACGUAGCGUCUGGACCGUCGUCGGUUGACCUUCGGGACGUGGCGUCCGGACGGUCGUCGAUUGACGUUCGGGACGUGGCGGCCGGGCGGUUGUCGGUUGACGUUGGGGAUGUGGCGUCCGAACGGUCGUCGGUUGACGCUCGGGACGCGGUGUCGGCCAGCGGGCGGUCGUCGCUGGUGGACG